CACGUUUCACCAAAAAUUCCAAACCUUAUAAUCUAUCAUCCCCAAUUGAUCAAUCUAAUCGAUGCCAAAUUUCUAUAUGUAAUUUUUAUAUUUAUCGACGUGGAAAUUUUCAACCAGUUACGAUUGAAAACAAUUCAAUCGAUCUAAAUAAAUCUGAAAAUUUAGUUAACCAGCAACAAACAUCAACUUCGCAAUCGGCCAUCUCGAAAGUAGAAAAAAUAAAAAAAGACCUAGUAACAAAACUUAACUACUUAUCAGAAAAGGAAUUAAUAACUUGCUCUCAGUUAUUUAAUAAUAUGAUAUAUAAAGAUGGACCAAAUAAAGGAAAAAUCUUAUCUCCGUAUUUACAAGAAAAAGCCACAGA